AUGAAGGAUAGCAUCACCAACCCGCCGGAGAAGGACCCGAAUUCGAUCAUGACUGUAGCUGACCAAGGUCAGGGAGGUCUUGAGGGAAAAAACCGAUCAAAUUCGACCACUCAAUCGUCGAUUGCUCUUACCAAGGACAACCCUGCCAUCACAACUUCCCAGCGCCGCAGCAAGCGAUACCCUUCAAAAACCGCCGAGGAUGGCGCAAUGAAAGGCCGUUCGCUCUUCCCAUCUGACGUUGCCCAAGGCCAGGAUGGCUCCAUGGCCAAAGCUCGAUCAAACUCUACCACUCCUUCGUCGACCGAUUUCACCGAGGAUAAUCCUGACACCAUGCUUUCCAAGAGCCAACGCAAGCAAACCCCUCCUUCCAAAACCGCCGAGGAUGGCGCAGUGCAAGGACGACCGCUUGUCGCGUACACCAAGAAACUCAGGGUGUCCAAGUUUCACCGGCUCUACAAGAAGGCUUGGAGGCAGGAGGUUUUUGGGAACCAAGCAUUUAUCACCUGGUCCUCUCGCACCGCGGAACACUUUGGUCAUGCAAUAUCCAAAUGCCCCGGCUGGUGGGCUGAAGCCAGUACGGACCAAGCCGAUGCUCACUCUUACGACGAGAUCGCUGCGUUAAUCCUGUCUGGCUUGAAGGUGUACGACCCAUCACUUGGUGGUUCUAUGCCCCAGCUUCGGUCCAGCAUGCAGAAUCUGUUUUCUCUUGGCGACCUCGAAGACGCCGACAACGACAAAGCUUCCUGGUCUCUUCGCGAGUACUUUCUUCGCCUCGCGACACAGUGCCCCACGGUUGUGUUUGAUCUCGCUGCGGCCCAACGCGUUAUUAAAACUGACGAAAAGUUGCCUCGCUUUUGGGAAUUCGCGCUCGUGUUCGACCCAACAUUAAUUGUUCAACGCGCCGAGCCGUUGACUUGGAUGUGGCUAGCGGCAUCCGAAUUCUUUGCUCAUCCUUGGACAGGCCCGGCCAUUCUUCCUCCCAUUGUGGAGGAAUUCGAGCGACUAGAAAGGGAGUCUAAAAUAUCCAAGGCUCAGUCCAAGUCCAAGAAGCGCCCUGCAUCUACUCCAGAGAACCCAAAAGGUGCAAAGGCCAACGAUUCGCGCCCGUCUCCCGCUGUCCCGAUGCAAACCGACCCGGCACUGAAGGGUCGGUUUCAACCCUUCCAACGAACUCCACCUUCUGAUGCCACUCCUCCUCGCCAACAAGUGAUCCUGUCUGACGCCGUCCACGUCAUUGCCAGCACCCCUGGAACACAGGAAGCCAGUGCUCCAACUGACGCCGUCGUGGAAGCCAGCAAACCGUGUGUUCGUACCAGUGAGGAACAUGGAGCAGAGGACCACAAUAGCGCCCCGACCUACAGGGACGCUGCUGCCUCUCUCCCUGCUUCCACGGUACCCCUCACCACUGACGAACGAUUGACGCGCCUUCUCGCUGUCACUUGGAAUGCUUCCCCCUUCCGGCACAUUACCAUCUUCAACGUGUCGAUUGUCUUUGAUUGGCAGGGCGUCGGUUCGUCCGAGUUCAAUCAAGUCCAGACCGCCUACAAUGCCUUCCAUCAGUUUGCUUCCGGUAUUUGGGGCGAGAUCACUUCCACGGUCGUCCUCCUGCCCUUUGCUGACGGUCGCUUUACCCGACAACAACUGUGGAUCCGGAACUUGAAGGAGUUUGACGAAAAGGCCAAGGAUUGGGCCCACCUGAAGAUCUACCUCGACCCCAACUUCGGCAACCCGUACAUCCUCAACAAACCUGGGAAGACUGGGUCGAAGACCUACAAGACUCGCAUGCGGUUCGGUAUGGACACUGCCCCUCCCAUCCUCAUGCAAGAACUUCGCUCUGUCUUGUCCAGUGAGCCUCGGGCGGGCGUCUUCCCGACCCCUAUCCAGGUUUCCGACAUGGUCCGUCUUGGCUUCCUCCCGUUGCUUCCCCAAGAAUUGGCGAUUGGUCCGUACUGCAAAGACUUGAUGCGUCUCUGCGACUUCCAGUACCCCAUUGGCCUCAUGCAAGAAUGGGUCAACAAUCCACGGUUCUUCUCUGCCAAAUUCACUGGGUCUUCGCGAGGCCUCCUGUGCUGGCAUGUCUUCGUCCCUAAAUCCUUCGCUCGCGAGGCCGACCUGAUCUUGGCCGCGAACUUGGACAUCCGUAAGCCCAGUUGUGCUCCCUUCCAAGCACCGACCCAUUACACCAGAGAUUGGCAGGCGGCGAAGGACGAAUUGGUCCUCGGCAAACAGUGCCCACAGCUCCAGUCCGUGAUCGAAGCCAUGCGGGAAAGGACUCGGGCGACGCGGGUUUUGACUGCCACCUACCGGAUUCCCAUCGAACUCCCGGGCAUGCUGACUUCUGCUGUCACUGAGAACUUUGGGAAGCUCACCCUCCUGCGAUUCCUUAUUGCCGUCAUUGUCACAGGCGCCCAGGCCAAGAAGGCGGAGGACGCCGAACCCAAGAAGCCCCCUGCCAAGGCCAUAGAGGUGCUGAGUGAUAGCGAGUCGUCCGGUGACGACGAUGAUGAUGAUGGCCCCCCAACCUUUGAAUGGACCACAAUCAUCAAAAAGUCUUUGGUUGCCUCCACUCCAAAGCCUGUGGAGGAGACAAAAACCUCGCUCCUCACUGCACCCAAGUCUCCCGAGGACGACGAUGCCUGGAUCGACAAGCUAGCACAGAUGAACCUCACCAACAACAGUCCAAGCCCUCUGUUCGUCAUGAUCUUACCAGCCAAGGAAGAUGGAUGCUAUUUUGUGGUGGUUCGCCAGCGCUAUCUUCCUCUCGCGAUGAACGUGCUCGACAACCUGCCAUCCUUUCUUCAGUUUCACCUUGGCAAGUCGUCGUUCCCCAAUUUCAUCCGCGUCAUCAAGAACUGGUCAGCUACCGACCUUGCCUACCAGAAUCGCAAGCUUCACAUUGAAUGGGUCCCGUCAGAACUUCGCUCCCGCUGUAUUGACGAUCCCACCAACGAACAAGGUCCUCAAGUCCGUGACCCAAUGGACUUCCUUCUCUGCACGGAAGACCCUGUAGAGAUUCUUGAGGGCACCCUCCACAUCGACAUCCACGCCAAACAUGUUUGGGACGUGGACGAUGGCCUAUCCGUGAUUGGUUACCUCAAAGACUGGAACGAAAACCAGGCCCAACUCCAGACCGCUCUUCAGACCAUCGAGACUAUCACUGACGAGAGGAACAGUUUGAACCGGGACCUACAGUCCGUUUGUGACGAAUUGGAGGCAAUGAAGGCCGCCCACGAGGCAGCUGCUGCUAUGUCAGCGUUGGCUACAGACGUUAGGCCCGUUCCUAUGCUUAUAGUGGACGUUCCUACCGGUCCACCGGGCCAAACACGCAUCAGCACUACUACACUACUCAGUCCCUCGGCUCGUACCAUUGCUUCACCAGCGACGGCUCAAGAAACGGACGGAGAAGAUGGGGAGGACCAACCCAAUGCGUCCUCUCCUAUGGACACCGGUCGUGGGGGUAUCAGUACCCCCACAACGGGUCCAUGA